AUGGCAACUGAAAACAUCAACAAAAUAACUAAAGACUUCGUUGUCAUCUGGUUAGAUAAAACUAUUGAAGACAACAAAGAUAAUCAAAACACAAAAGCAUUUAUACGACAACUGGUUAAAGGUCGUUUACUAACAUUCGAUGACCAAGAUAAAUGUAUUGAUCAUGUAACCGAUGAACUGACCACAAAACGCGUAUUUCUUAUUGUUUCGAAUACAUUAGGCGCAAAUGUUGUACCACAUAUACAUGAAUUACCAUAUAUACAAUCGAUAUACAUAUAUUGUGGUGACAGAAAAAGUGCUGAAAUAUGGGCUAAACCAUAUUCAAAAGUCUCUGGUAUAUUCACAAGAAGAGCAGCACUAUUAGAUAAAAUUGGUAAGGAUGUUGGUGUAUGUGAUAAAGAUGAAGAUUUACCAAUGAGUAUAUUUCAUCUUACGGAACGUGAAAAUACAUUGCAACAAUUAACUAAAGAAAGUGCAACAUUUAUGUGGUAUUGUUCAGUUCUAAUUGUUCUUCGAUUGAUGGCAACAUACGGUGAUUCAAAAAGUGAAAUGAUUGCUGAAUGUCAAGCAGCUUAUCAUGACAAUGAAACCGAACAAAAGAAAAUAAAUGAUUUUGAGCGAAACUAUUGUGCAAAAGAAGUAUUUUCGUGGUAUACAAAAGAUAGUUUUGUAUAUCGAUUAUUGAACAAAGCUUUACGAACACAAAAUAUUGAAGUUAUAUUUAAAUUUCGAUUUUUCAUUAAUGAUCUUCAUAAUCAAAUCGAACAGUUUUAUUAUCAAUAUUUAGAUAAGCAUUCUUCUAUUAUUGAUCAUCAUUUAAAAGUUUAUCGUGGUCAACGUUUAAAGAUGACAGAAAUUGAUAUACUUAAACGUAAUGUAAAUGAACUUAUUUCAAUGAGUAGUUUUUUAAGUACUACAUUGAAUGAAGAAUUAGCUAAAGUUUUUGCUGGUACAAGUGGCCAAUUGAAUGAACCAUCACCAUUACAAUCUGUUCUUUUCAUAAUUGAUAUAUGCAAUAUGAAUAAAGAAAUGACACCAUUUGCAAUCCUUGAAAACUCGCCGUGUUCUCAAGGUAAUGGAGAAGAUGAAGUACUGUUUUCGAUAGGUGCUAUUUUUAAAAUUCAAUCAGUUAAACAACAAGGCAACAUGUGGUAUGUUCAUUUACAACUAAGUAAAGAACAAAAUGAAGAUAGUCAAAAUCUUUCCGAUCAUAUGAUAAAGCAAAUUGGACCAAAACCAGAUCCAUUGUCAUUCUGUUGGGUUCUUUUUCGAAUGAGUGAAUAUGAAAAAGCCGAACAUUAUGCAAAAUAUAUGCUUACACUAUUUCUACCAAAUGAUAAAGGAAUUGGAAAUACUUACAGUUUACUAGGUCUUAUCUAUUAUGAUACUCAUAAAUUAGAGCAAUCCAUUGAAUGUUAUGAGAAAGCUCUUGAUAUUUAUUCUCAAUUGAAUUGUCAUGAUAGUUCUCAAGCUAUUGCUACUCAUUGUAGUCUUGGUUUGGCUUAUUUAGCAUCAGGAGAUACUCGAAAUGCAGAAGAACAACAAACAUUAGCUGAAAACAAAUUAUCUAAAUCUUCUCAAUUUAAAAAUCCAUUACUUACAUCUCAAGUAGAGAGUCUUAAAGCGAAAAUUCAAGCAGAAUAUGGUGAUGAUAUAAGCGCUUUAAAAAGUCUUGAACUAGUUUUAAAAGAUAAAGAGCAACGCCUACCAUCAGCUCAUCCUUCAAUAGUAUCAACGCUGAGUGCAAUAGGUAUUGUGCAUGAAAAUAUGAACAAUUAUGUGAAAGCAUUCGAAUAUUUUAAACGAGCAUUGGAACUCGGCAAGAAAAGCUUACAAAACGACCACAAGGAUUUAGCUGAGUACUAUAUGAAUAUUGCUCGUAUUUAUGACAAACAACAACAAUUUAAACUUGCUUUGCAACAAUUUGAAUUAGCACUAAAUAUUAUGUGGAAUUACCGAGAAGAAGAAGGUGCAAAGAUUGCUGAACUAAGUAUGCAUAUCGACAAUAUGAGAAAAAAAUUAUAUUAG